AUGGUCCGCCUCAAAAACCGCUACCUUCUUCUGGAUAUCCUCUACCCGGACCCAAAGACAUGGCCGACGGCAGCCCAAGCCACGAAGAAUAACUCGCAAUCUGCUCAGCUGGCAAUCCACUCGCCAACCUCCGACGCGUUGACCCCGGGCCUUCUCGCAAAGAUGAUCCGCGAAGAAGUGGCCGAACUAUAUGGAGAUUGGGGCGUCGGUAAGCUAGGAGGAGCCUCCGCGACUGGAGUAAAUGUGAAAUAUCUGUCGCCGGCAACCUCAACUGCCAUAAUUCGCUGCCCACGUGCCUCCUUCCGCCUCGUUUGGUCCGCACUCACUUAUAUGUCCCAUGUCCCCGAGCCUGGCGCAGGUGCACAAAAGAGACCUAACGGAGGACGCGAACGUCCCUGUGUAUUCCGCGUGGUUAGGGUGUCUGGGACAAUGCGGAAAGCCGAGGAGGAAGCCAUUCGUCGCGCGAGACAGGAGAUUGUACGGAUCAGAGGAGUAGAGGAGAAAGGUGUCCUGGGCGAUUUGAUCUCUGGCGUGGAAGAUGGCAAGGCCAAAAUGGAACGAUCCGUCCCUGUCGCGCGAAACGUGAUGGAUGAGAGUGAAGACGAAGAUAUGGAUGAUGAUUGA